GUGGUAUACAAGUGCUGGCUCGGCCAACCACAGUGGUCUUGCCCAUCUCUAGGAAAUAUAGCUUCAUGCUCCUAAGCUUUUAAGUCGACUUUAAUAAUCGCACUGACAAUGAACGUGCCAGCCCUUGAUUCAGGGUCACAAGCACACCGUCCAGAAGGCUGCAUUUCAUUGACUUCUUUUUUGUUUUUGUUUUUUAUCACACAUGCCCAUCACUUAGCUCUGCUCCAUAGUUGCAUUUUACAUAUUCUUUACUGUAAAAUUUGGUCUGGCUUCUUUUUCAAUUUUUAGGGUUCUUCAAGUUGAUUCACAAAGCAAUUCUUGGUCUUCUAAACUUUAUCUUUCUCCAAAACAAGAGAUAAAUCAGACCUUGCAGGAUGGGAAAGGAAACAGAAUCCCAGAUCAACCUUGUCGAGUUGAAAGGAAAAAUGAGGCAAGAGUCACCCCCAACCCCCAGUGAAACUCCGACUUCGGACUGGAUGCAUCCUAUCAAAGUGAAGCUUGGUAUACUGCGUGAAAGAUCAAUGAAUUUGAGUAUUUACAAAGUUCCAAAUAAACUUCGCCAUGUCAAUGAAGAAGCUUAUAGCCCUCGUAUAGUCUCAAUUGGACCUUUUCACCAAGGCAAGCGUGAUCUGCUAGCUAUGGAAGAGCACAAAUGGCGCUACAUGCUAUCCCUUGUUCAUCGAACACCGAACCCAGAAAAGAGCUUGGAUGAGUGUGGAAAAUCCAUUAUAGAGUUGGAAGAGAAGGCUCGAGGAUGCUACGCAGAAAACAUCAAAUUUAACAAAAAGGAGCUAGCGGAGAUGCUGCUUGUUGAUGGUUGCUUCAUACUUGAACUUUUUCUCAGGCGCUCGCUUCGGGAUUUUGUGGACAAGAGCGAUCCCAUAUUCAAUAAUGCUUGGAUGGUCCCAACUCUCCAGCAUGAUUUAGCUCUGCUGGAGAACCAAAUUCCCUUCUUUGUUCUCCAGAAUUUGUAUGAAUUCAUUUUGCCAUUUGCACCUAAAACUCUCCCUCGUUUAUUCACAGCCCUUGCCCUCUCUUUCUUUCACGCAGACUUGAGUUUGAACCAAGUGACAAGCAGGGGGGAAAGCAUUCAAAGUAGCAGGCAUUUACUCGAUCUGUUACACAAUUUUUACCUCCCCACUUCUCCUGUGAACGACCCAAAAUGCAAGGAAAAUUGGGGAUUCAGACAUUGCGCAACCAAACUUUUAGAGGCUGGGAUUCAGUUUGAAAAGAGUUCAACUGUGGAGGACCGUUUGUUGGACGUAAAGUUCAGUAAUGGAGUAAUUAAUAUCCCACCGUUGUCUGUUGGUACAACAACAGAGUCACUCCUCAGAAACCUCAUUGCCUUGGAGCAAUGCAGUUUCGGCAGCUCUCAUCACAUUACAUCCUAUGCCAUCCUCAUAAAUGGUCUUAUCCAUUCCUCAGCGGACAUUGAAUUACUGCAAAGGAAAGGGAUCAUAAUUAACAAUUUGGGCAGGGGCGAAGAAGUUUUGCCUCUCAUCAACAGUAUCUGCAAGGAAGUUGUUCUCAAAGACUUCUAUUUCAGUAAGUUGUGUGAAGAGGUGAAUGCAUACCAUAAAUCCUGGUGGCAAUGGCGGAGACAUAAAGCAUCCUGGAAAGCACGGUGGCACAGAUAUGUAGGGGCCCUAAGGCGUGAUUAUUUCUCGAAUCCAUGGAGAAUCAUAUCAUUUGUAGCUGCAGUUCUGCUUCUACUCCUCACAGGAUUACAGACCUUUUACACUGUCCGUGCAUAUUAUCCUCGUUGAUCUUGUGUAGUUCGUCAAUUUGUUGUCCGGUCUCUAUGCAUAAAUACAAUUGAGAUAAGAAACUUUACUCUGUGUAAGGAAUAUCUAUCUUAUAGAGCUACAACUGAGCAGGGUUUCCAUUGAUGAAUCUCUUAAGAGCUCAGAAUCAUUGUCGCAUUUCAAUAUCCAAAAAGACAGAUUUGAAAACUCCAAAAACUGGAGAGAGACAUUCCUGAUGAUUUGGAUUUUCUUAUGUUGAA